UAAACUGGAGUUAAAGCGUGGCGUCCUGUUGCGUGUUUUCCCACAGCCAGCCUCAGGAAACUCACCGUUUCCAUUGACAGAUCAUCGGUCCUGCAUGUGGGCAACAGCCUGCAGCGCUGCGCUGGGUGUCCAGACUGCCGUGGAGUGAGAAGAACAUCAUCAGCAGCAAGGAUCCAACUUGUUUUAUCCGCUAUAGAGGUUCAACAGAAAUGAUGAAUUUUAUUCUGGUCUGCCUGCUUUGUGGAUUGUACGGUGUUUUUGGAAAAGAUAAGGAGCUAAAGGGGAGGUUCAGCAAUCCGCUCCUGGAAGUAAAGAGUCGUCAGCUGGUUCUGGAGGCCAACAGAACUCUGCUGUUAAACUGCAGGGGUCUCUGGGAGCUGUCAUGGGCGUUCCCUGCAGACUUGGACCAGGAUCAAGUGGAAGUGGUUAACUCCCGUUGUGGAAAGACACGGCAGCACUACUGCAGCCACCUGCGUGUCAGUCACAUCCAGGCCCUGCACACCGGCCCAUACCACUGCCGCUACAGUAACAGGACCCAGAAACAGAGUUCUGUCUAUGUUUAUGUCACAGAUAGCCGGCAACCAUUUGUAAAAGUCACUGACAUGAGCCCAGACGUGCUGUACAUGAAGGUGAGGGAGCCGCUGCUCAUCCCUUGCCGGGUCACCAACCCCAACAUCAACACCACUCUGGUUAAGUUCUAUGAUAAGCCCAAGAUAGAUCCAGAUAAUAUGGUAUGGAACAGCAAAGAGGGUUUCACCAUCCUGGUUCCCGACUACUCCUAUAUUGGCCUAUUCCACUGCGAGGCUGUCAUCAAUGGAGUCAAACACAAAUCAAAAAUAUACCUCAUACUCAGACAAGUGAGUAACAUCACAGAGGUGUAUCUGAACACCAGCGGAUCUGUGCAGGCCCUGAAGGGGGAGAGGUUGGCUUUGAACUGCACUGCCAUGGCAGAGCUUAACACAAGAGUCAGGAUAACCUGGGACUAUCCUGGAAAGAAAAACAAUGCCGGCUCCAACAUUAAUAGGCUGGUGAAGCACCCGAUGCACGUGUUGUUCUACAGCAUCCUGACCAUCCCGAAGGUCCGGCGAUCAGACCGAGGUCUUUACAGAUGCCGCGUCACCAGCGGAGAGCAAAGCAAACAGCAGCAAGUCAAGGUUACAGUGUAUGAUCGCCCGUUCAUCCGUCUGAAGCCUCGAAAUGGAACAGUGGUGGAGGUACAAGCAGGACAGAAAUCCUACAAACUUUCUCCAAAACUUCGAGCAUUUCCUUCGCCUGAGGUUGUUUGGCUGAAGGAUGGUCGUGUCGCCGCUGAGCAGUGCUCCAGAUACCACGUGAAUGGGACCUCUCUGGUCAUUCGGGACGUCGCAGAGGAGGAUGCUGGGAAAUACACUGUCCUUGUACGGAUCCAGCAACACCACAUCUAUCAGAAUCUCACACUCACGCUUGUGGUCAAAGUGAGUCCUCAGAUUGGAGAGAAAGCAGUGUCGUUGCAGGACCCUGGCUCCGUACCUCGGGGGAGCCGAAAAUUGAUCCACUGUACAUCCCAUGGCGUUCCCCCUCCACAUAUUCAAUGGCUCUGGCAUCCUUGCCCGUCCAAAGGCCUGUGUUUGACAUCCACCUCCUCGCUGUGGAUCCCUGUAACGGAGAGUCUCCCUGCUACAUCUGUGUACAACCACAUCCUGAGUGUUACUCACACACAGGAAGUCUUUCAGAGGAGCAAGAAGACAGUGGGGGUCCUGACUGUUGCAGAGGCCUCUGUCUCUGGAGUGUACCGCUGCAUCGCCUCCAACUCUGCAGGAACAGACCAGCUCGAUGUUCCCUUCUAUGUCACAGAUGUCCCAGAGGGCUUUAGUGUAAACCAGCUGGAGGAGGCCAGGGAGGGCGGAGACCUUCACCUCACCUGUUCUGCAAAUAAAUACCUGUACACAGCUCUGUCAUGGCAAAGACUGAAUGCCACAGAAGAGUCCCGCACUCCUGCGUGGAACAUUCAUCACCUGGAACCUGGGGAGUUCUCCAACAGUGUGGUCCUGAUGUUAGAGAACCUAACUGAUGGGGACUCUGGAGUCUACAGAUGCUCCGCCCUACAUAUCAUCAGCGGGCGGGAACUACACCUGGACACACAGGUUGAGGUUACAAUUCUGCAACCGCCUGUGCUGCUCAGUAAUUUGACGGACUGCACCGUUAACGCCAGCAGCUCAGUGACCCUCAGCUGUGAGUCUAGAGGAGUCCCACCACCGAAAAUCACAUGGUAUAAAGACGAACGUGUUCUACUGCAGGGAUCAGGCAUCAUCGUAUCAGCCGGAGAUGGGACUCUCCAUAUCGAUAGAAUCACAGUUGACGACCAAGGUCUGUAUACGUGCCUGGCCACGAAUGAAAGAGGAUCUGCAGAGAGCUCUGCCUACAUACGAGUCAACGGUGCAUCAGAAGCCUCCUUUCUGGAAAUUCCCACUUUAACCUGUACCUGUGUGGUGGCCACUCUCUUCUGGCUCAUGCUCACGCUCUUCAUUAGGAAAUUGAAACAGCAGAAUAUUUCAACCCACAAAACAGACUACUUGUCCAUCAUAGUGGAUACAGGAGGGGGGCCAAUAGAGGAGCAUUGUGAACGCCUGCAGUAUGACCCCAACCUAUGGGAGUUCCCUCGGGAACGUCUUAAAUUAGGAAAACCUCUAGGCCGUGGAGCCUUUGGUAAAGUGAUGCAGGCGUCUGCAUUUGGUAUCGACAGCUCUACCAGCUGCAGGACUGUUGCUGUGAAGAUGCUGAAAGAGGGAGCCACAGCCAGUGAACACAAGGCCCUGAUGACAGAGCUUAAGAUCCUCAAUCACAUUGGAAACCAUCUGAAUGUUGUCAACUUGCUGGGUGCCUGCACCAAACCAGGAGGACCGCUGAUGGUCAUUGUUGAGUACUGUUGCUUUGGCAACCUCUCUGCCUUCCUGAAGAACAAGAGAGAUGUGUAUGUGCAUUCCCGGCAGGCAGGAGGAACAGAUGUAAGAAUAAGUUUUGUCUCAAGUCUUCCCAACAACCAAGGAACCAGUGUGGAUUGUUGUGACAAAGAAGGCAAAUGCCUUGAUCCAGAAUCACCCUCUUCUGCAUCUCCUCUCUUCCUAGAGGAUCUAAUUUCCUUCAGCUUUCAGGUGGCAAGAGGAAUGGAGUUUUUGGCAUCUCGCAAGUGUAUUCACCGAGAUCUAGCUGCAAGGAACAUUUUAUUGACCAACAAAAAGGUGGUGAAGAUCUGUGACUUCGGCCUGGCCAGAGACAUCUACAAAAACCCAGACUACGUCAGGAAAGGAGAUACCCGUCUCCCUCUGAAAUGGAUGUCCCCUGAAUCAAUUUUCGACAAGGUUUUCACCACUCAGAGUGACGUGUGGUCAUUCGGCAUACUGCUCUGGGAGAUCUUCUCUUUAGGAGCCUCUCCAUACCCUGGUCUUCAAAUUGAUGAGGAGUUUUGCCACAGGCUGAAGAGCGGAACGAGGAUGCGAGCGCCAGAAUACAGCACACCUGAAAUUUACAGCACAAUGCUGGCAUGUUGGGAUGCUUGUCCUUCAGAGCGACCCACCUUCACCAAUCUGGUAGAGAUAUUGGGAGACCUGCUACAGGCCAGAGCUCAGGAGGAUGGAAAAGACUACAUUCCUCUGGGAUCUUUUAAGAAUGGCGAGCGCUUUGAGGUGUCUAAGGAAAACCCACAUGCAGUCACAAAUCUAAGCUACAUGAGAGGUAUGGCCACACUUCAGACUUUUGAGGAACUACCCUGUAAGGAGCAAGACACCUGCGAUGAGCAGAGCGACAGCGGGAUGGUCCUCCCUUCAGAGGAGCUGAAUCAGAUGAUGCAAGGUUACACCAGGAACAAGAAUCUCAGCAGGUUCUUCAUGUUUUCUAAGUGCAGAGACAACCAGGCGCCCUUUUUCUGCAGCAACUCCUCUGCUCUCCAUGAGGACGAGCCCUCCAUCCUGCCCGCUGACUGGGAGUGUGAAGAGGGCUGCUCUCCUCCUCCAGACUACAACUCUGCCUUCCUCUAUCCCUCCCUUUAGCUUCUGGCUCCCUAACAUACCGUCCUAAGACAGCUGCCUACAUAGUUCAUCCAUCAGUAUUCGACCAUCAAUCUUACUGUGCUUUUUCACUCCACUAUCUCGCUCUCUUCUACCUCAUGGUAAUGCCUGCAGAACCAGUAUUCCCAUAACAUCUGCUUUUAAAAGCAAAAAGUAUUCCGAAAUGUAGAGCAUGAUUUUUUUUAAACUGGAGGAAAAAAACAUGAAUCUCUUCCAUUACUUUG